GCUUACCAUAAAGAAGGCCAGGCGCCCAGCUUCAGGCCGCUGGAUCUGCGCCCAAGGCCAUGAAGCUGGGACUCCCCUUCGUGUUGCUCUCUCUGCUGGCAGGCCGCUGUGGAGCCGACACCCGCACCGUGGGAGCCCGGGAAUGCCAGCGCCACUCUCAGCCCUGGCAGGCGGGCCUCUUCUACCUCACCCGGCAGCUCUGCGGAGCCACGCUCAUCAGUGACCGAUGGCUCCUCACAGCUGCCCACUGCCGCAAGCCGUACCUGUGGGUCCGCCUUGGGGAGCAUCAUCUGUGGCAGUGGGAAGGCCCCGAGAAGCUGCUUCUGGCCACGGACUUCUUCCCCCAUCCUGGGUUCAAUUCAGACCUCUCUGCCAAUGACCACAAUGAUGACAUCAUGCUGAUCCGGCUACCCAGGAGGGUCCAGAUGAGUGCAGCUGUGCAGCCCCUCAACCUCAGCCAGAGCCUGCCGUCCGUGGGCUCCCAGUGCCUUAUCUCUGGCUGGGGCAGCGUGUCCAGCUCAAAACUACAGUACCCACUGACACUUCAGUGCGCCAACAUCAGCAUCCUGGACAACAAGCUCUGCCGCUGGGCGUACCCGGGCCACAUCUCUGACAAGAUGCUGUGUGCUGGCCUGUGGGAGGGUGGCCGAGGAUCCUGCCAGGGUGACUCUGGGGGACCCCUGGUGUGCAACGGAACCCUGGCGGGUAUAGUGUCUGGGGGAUCUGAGCCUUGUUCCAGACCCCAGAGACCCGCUGUCUACACCAGCGUAUGCCACUACCGGGACUGGGUUCAAAAAACCAUGGAAGAAAACAGUCUAUAGUAAGGACAGACAGGAGAGGAAGAUGGAUGAAGGACCUCCUGCCUCGGCAUUACAGCUCUGGACGUUGAAACCCCACCCCCUCAGACUCUGCCACUCUGACUCCCCUGCUUAGGCUCCGUCCAAGACUCCACCCACUUAGGUCAUCUGACCUCUUGGGUUCUGCUUUCAGGCAAAUAAAUAAGACCACGCCCCCUCUAAGCCCAAGAGACACGCCUUCUUUAACCUUGACCCAGACUGACUUUAAUAACUACUCUCAGGAGUAGCCCAACCCUCACGAACACCGCCAAGAAAUAUCUUUCACUAAAUAGCUGCAUCACUCCAAAUUCUACCUUACGGCAUUUCUUCUCCGGUCUCCACCCUGCUUAGCCCCACCACCGGUGAUGUCAGGACUAAGUUAACUUCGCCCACCUGGAUUUCUGAAGAUUUUGAGUUCUGCCCAGGCUGUGUCGUGGGUUUGACUCUUGAGAGAGGAUGAUGUGGGCAUUGAUCUCUUCAGAGUCACAGUAUGAAUUAGAAUAAAGCACAGG